UUCUCUCCUCCCUUCCUCUCCUCCUCUCCCCACUCGCUCUUUAGUUUCUUUCACCACUACACCAAAAACAAGAACAAAAGAAAAAAACAGAAAAGAAAGACAAAUCUUUUUCCUCUAGGAUCUCCAAUUCGAUCCAUCUAGUGCCUCAGGGAACCUUUUUUCCAUAAGGGCUUGGAAGUUUCCGGUUCGGAGGGAGGGCCGCGAAUCUCGCUUUUUUCUCGGUGGGUGAUCUUGGCCUGUAUCGAUCCUGUUCCAGCAAGUACCCGGCACACAUUUAUGUGCUGCCGCUUUUGGACAACCAGUGGUUAAAAUUUGUGUCAAGCUGUCGUUUCACCAGAAUUCCCCACCUUAUUUUUAACACUUGGCAGUCUCUCUCUCUCUCUCUCCAUCACUCACACACCCAACAAGAACGUAAGGAGCCCUCUCGUCCUUGGUUCCUUCAUUCCUGAACCUGUGUUGGACAAUCUGCUGCAGAGCAUCUCCUGGAACACUGCCGGGGAGGCUUGAAUUUGGCUGGAAAUUCUCUGAUUCUGAUGACCGGAUAGAGCAGGAAGAAGGGUUGGAAGACAGCUUUUUAGACAACCAUGAAGUUCAUGAAACUCGGAUCUCGCCCUGAUACUUUCUACACUACGGAAGCAGUAAGGUCAGUCUCCUCGGAAGUCUCCAGUGAUCUCAUAAUCCAAGUGAAGGGCAGCAGAUACUUGCUUCACAAGUUUCCUCUGCUCUCGAAGUGCCUCCGCCUUCAGAGGCUCAGCGUGGAGUCCCCCGACUCUUCUUCCACCCAACCCCAGUCAUUUAUCCAGCUCUCGGACUUCCCCGGCGGGGUCGAGGCCUUUGAGCUCUGCGCCAAGUUCUGCUAUGGCAUCACUAUCACCCUCUCCGCCUACAACAUCGUGGCUGCCCGAUGUGCUGCUGAGUACCUCCAGAUGUCCGAGGAUGUCGAGAAAGGUAACUUAAUAUACAAGCUUGAGGUCUUCUUCAACUCGUGCAUACUCCAUGGCUGGAGGGACUGCAGUGUGACCCUCCAGACGACAAAGUUGCACCCUAUGUGGUCGGAGGAUCUUGGAAUCACAAGCCGGUGCAUCGACUCGAUCGCCUCGAAGGUCCUCGCCCACCCUUUCAAGGUCAGCCUCUCCCACAGCCAGUCCCGAAGGGGCCGGGAUGACGUCUCCUGUAAUGGCACCGAGAGCUUAAGGCACAGCAGCAAGUUGGGGACGAAAUCGAAUUGGUGGGCUGAGGACUUGGCCGAGCUGGGGAUAGACUUGUACUGGAGGGCUAUGAUUGCUAUCAAGUCCGCAGGUAAAGUGCCCUCUAACCUCAUUGGCGAUGCCCUGAAGAUCUAUGCGUCAAGGUGGCUUCCUAGCAUAUCACGAGCCAGAGGAAAGGCUGAGAGGGCGGCGAAAAGUUCAGAGUCGGAUGACUCUGACUCGAACGAGGAGGUCGGCUCCAAGCACAGGCUCCUCCUCGAGUCAAUCAUAAGCCUCCUUCCUAUGGAGAAGGGGGCAGUCUCGUGCAGCUUCCUUCUCAAGCUCCUCAAGGCUGCAAACAUUCUCAAUGCUUCCUCGUCCUCGAAGACAGAGUUGGCAAGACGCAUCGCGCUUCAGCUCGAGGAGGCGAGCGCUAACGACCUGCUAAUACCUAAUUCGACAGGGAAUAGCACCAUCUUCGAUGUUGAUAUAGUGAUGGCGAUAUUGGAGCAGUUCAUGAUGCAGGGGCAGAGCCCGCCCACUAGUCCCCCAAGGUCGAAGCUUGGGUUUGAGAGGAGAAGGUCCCGGUCAGCAGAGAAUAUCGACAUCGAGUUUCAGGAAAGCCGUAGGUCAUCCUCGGCUUCUCACAGUUCCAAGCUCAAAGUGGCAAAGAUUAUUGACAAUUAUCUGCAGGAGAUUGCACGGGAUGUGAACUUGCCACUCUCAAAGUUCAUCAUGAUCGCCGAGGCUAUACCGGACUUUGCUAGGUCAGACCACGAUGACCUUUACCGGGCCAUAGACAUUUAUCUCAAGGCACACCAAGAUCUCAACAAAAGCGAACGGAAACGGCUUUGCAGAAUUCUCGACUGUAAGAAGCUAUCAAUGGAAGCAUGCAUGCACGCCGCCCAGAACGAGCUGCUUCCCCUAAGGGUAGUGGUCCAGGUCCUCUUCUUCGAGCAGGCACGGGCCGCCACAUCAGGUGGCAAAAUGACUGAGCUUCCCCCGAACAUCAAGGCCCUCCUGGCCACCCACGGGAUCGACCCGUCGAGACCCACGGGACCCUUGAGCACCACGACAAGUGUCCACGCGGAUGACCAGUGGAGCGUCUCGGGGCUCAAGUCCCCGAAGUCGAAGAUACCGACCCUGAGGAUGAAACUGGCCGAGGCUGACGACAUGGAAGACCACGACGGGAUUGGGAGGACCCCCAACAAGCUCAAGUCAUUAUGCGCGAUCCCGACCCGGCCUAAGAGGAUGUUCAGCAAGCUAUGGUCCAUCAACAGAAGCGCCAGCGAGAAGAACUGAUCAGUUAAAAAAUUUUGUGUAACCGUAAAUCGGGAUGGGCGGGUUAAACAGAAGAGAAAGAAUUGAUGGGUAACUCAAACAAUUCCUAUUUCUUUUUUGCCCUUUCAUCUUCCCAACAGAAGUGCCAUGUAAGUUGUAGGGAAAGGACCUCAAAGAUCAAGAGAGAAUCUCAAAUCAAUGUGCAUUAUUAGUUAAAAUCGUAAACAAAAUCUUUUAUAAUAAGGGGACAAGAUUUCCAGGA